CUCUCUUCCUUUCUCUCUCUCUCCCCCCCUCUCCCUCUCCAACACUCCCAACUUUCUCCCCUCUAUUAAGUUCCAAGCUUCUUUCAAUCUGAAGUGAACAACAUAUUCCAAACAGGUGUUCCAGUAUAAUUAGACGCCAUCCUUCCUCAUCACCCAGUCCUCUCCUCCUCCAUCUUUCUCUCAUCACUCCCUUUCUCCCAUCUUGUCUACUCCCAUACGGAACCAUCCAUCUCUCUCUCCCCUUUCCUCCUCCCGUUCUCCAUUCUUCAUCCCCACAUCCACCUCUGAACUGCUGUUAUCUGUGUCUCUACCUUCCUUCUGUCUUCAACCUUCCUUUCUUCUUUUUGGGGUUCACCCCCCUUCAAUAAUUUCCCUGCUUCUCUCUCUUCACUCUCUUUCCCGUCCUCUUCCCUCUUUCCCUCCCUUCCUCUCUCCAUCCGGCCUCUCUCGGCCUCUGGUAGAGGUCACCAUGUGGGCCAACUACAUUGUCCAGCCAGAGGAGGAUGGCCGUAUGGGGGUGGUAGGAGCUGGGGCCCAUGGGGGCCUGGCCGGCCUGGCAGGGGUGAAGGGAGGGGGGCGUGCUACAAGGCGGACCCCUAGGAUGAGUGACAGCCAGGAGGGGAAGAUCAAGCUGGCAUUCUUUGUGGCCAUUGUGGGUGUGACCCUGACAGUGCUGGGGGUGGGAACAGAGUUCUGGGUGGAGCUGGCCACGCCCAAGACCUGGAGUAACAACCAGACGUGUCAGACAGCCCACUACGGCCUGUGGAAGGGGUGUACCCGCACCCUGUGGGUGGACGACAUCGACCCCGAGAGAGAGAGCUGUGGCCCCGCCGAUCUGCCCGGAGAAUCCAACUGCACUUACUUCAAAUUCUUCACCAAUGGACACGACGCAGUCAUAUUUAAGAAGACGACCCACAAGAACCUGAACAUAGCGGCUGCUAUCCUCGCAAUGAUAGCUCUGUCUAUGAUGGUGAUGGGAGCCAUCUGUAUCACAAUGUCCCUCAGUAAAGGAGUGCCCUUCUUCCUCAAGCCCGCCUCCUUCUGCUUCAUCCUAUCAGGUCUACUGGUCCUGCUGUCUAUACUGGUGUUUCACCAGUCAGUGCUGGCCCUGUUGUCAUCUGACCACUCCAUACCGCUCCACCACGAGCUCUCCUGGUCCGUGACCUGUGUGGGCAUCGCUGGGGCCAUCCUCAUCAUGGGGGGGAUCCUUUUCCUGAUCCUCUCCCUCCCUUAUAGCUCCUGGGAGAAAUGUCUGCCUCAAUGCAACAGCAGCACUACCUAGCACAAUGGAGGCCCAAAAGCACAUAACUGGGGGAAAAAUGUUUAGUUUUAUAUCAGGAUUGUAAUCAAACUCCAGUCCUCGAGGGAUUUAGUUGCUGGCUUUAGUUGUCAGGUAUAAAUCAGACACUGAUCAGAACAACUACAACCAGUAGACACUGAUGCCACCCAGGAGUUGAGUUGGAUACCCCUGUUUAUAUUGUCAGUUAUAUUGUAAAACUAGACUGAAAGACUGACUAACUUGUAGGUCGACACAGUGUUUAUUUAAUGCAAUAACAAUGAUGCUCACUAACUGUGCCUUGAACUCUACAAGCCUGCCCUAACGCCUGUGACCUUACCAGAAAACACUACGUAGACCACAACUUCCCCACUUUUUGGCAUCAUGACCAACCUAUAGCUUUUAGAAGUUUCUGAUGACCUACCAAAGAACAAGCAAUGUUUCUAAGCAGAACCCGGUCUUUACCAGGGGGGUAAUGCUGGGUUAAACAAAACCAAAGCAGGCUUUGAUGUCUUAACUUGUCCAUUGACUGCUAACAGGGUGAGGAAACCAAUAUGUCAUUUAGUUAUUGAACUAGUUCUUUAAACACAACGCCAACCACACUGUAGUUGUACAUAAAGACCCAGCAGUGGGGCGCAGCAUCCUGUCUGUACUAUAAACUAUGUACUAACCAUUACGUAUUGAUAAUGUUACUUAGCCAAUGAAAUCACAUGGGGGG